GUGGAGGUAUAACAGGCAUAACGAGCACUUAUUUCAUCAAAGGCCUUUAGGUAUAUUGAAUUCUUGUCAUAGUCAGAAUAUCCAGUAUUAACAGUUGCGGGCUUCCAGCUCAGAAUCCAACCAUGACUUCCACAGCCACCAUCAGGUCGUCAGUCCGCCCCAAAAGUAGCAAGCAGCCAUGGGGCACGAUCAUGCACCCAGAGUUCGGAAUGGGCCACCAGAAGAUGACCAACUACGAGAUCGACCAGACCGUCACCAGGUUGUACCAGAUUCCCAUCAAGGACGAGAGGGCGGUGGAGAAGCCCAUGAUGAAGGAGAUGUCUCAGCAGGGGCUGGCCCAGAUGGUGAAAAGACUCUCAGAGAUGAAUAAAGAAGUACCUGAUAAUACACGGACGCAGAAAGUAUCUGAGUACAAAGACAUGGGUGUACUCAAUUCAUUCGCGUGGAAAGGAUACAACUGAAGGAUCGUGAUUUAGUUGAAUGCCGGGCCGAAUGCCGGCUGCAUCCUCAACAUCAUAGCCCAGGGAGCGUUAUUCAACUUGGCAAGAACGGCGUGUUGUCCCCUGGAAUUUGACUCGCAAGCUCCGCGCAAGCGAACGAUUUUGGUCGCAGCUGUUUUAAAAGUGCGGCAGAAAGAUCACGGAAAGAAGGUCUUUGUUUUUAAUCGCAGUUCGUGGUUGCACCUGCUUUGACCUACGAGUUCCCGUUUUAUUGCUUAUCGUAGUAUUCAUCUCUGCGUGUCUGCGUGUCAGUUCAUCCUCCUUCCCGGGAACUCCCAAGCCUACCUGCCGGCUGCCGGAGGUUCGUAUCAGUACAAAGUGAAAUGCUCUGAAGCUCAGGAUGAGUAGGACUUUAGUUACAUGUAUUUAAUUAUUGACUGUCCUCGGCCGCAUCUCUAUCGCCCGAUCUCUGAAGGAGCCAUACUGAACUUCCAGCUACUGACGCGCGUUGUCUGGAAGCUGAGCAAUUCGAUGUCAAUUGGCCUACACUGAUGUAGAGGAGCAGGAAAGACGCCUGACGUCCAACACACCAUCCCAAAUGCCACACCGAUGUUUCUCUUGAAGUGUUAUGUGCCGGGUUAGUAUGGAACACCUGAUAGCUGUCGUAUAUAUCGUCUACCACAUGUUACCUCACGUGUAUAGGCCUACAAGACUGGUAUUUGACAGGCCUAUCCUAUAUGAUUCAUCAGUGUUGAAGUACACACUACCUACAGCACGCUAUUUUCAUGUGUGUGUAUAAUCGACCUACAAUGUCAUCAUGAGUUCACAAUAAAUAACCUUAUUUGCGUCAGUGAAGCUCGGAAUUGGGCAAUCCAUAGGCAAGCGGAUAUUUCCAACUAUUGCAAAACACACUACAUCGCUGUCAAACUCAGUGGUUGUCUCAGACCAAACACUUUUCACCAACCCGAAUUUCUAUCAGUUACAAAAAUAAGCCGCGUCGAAUAUCUCUCGACUCUCAUAAAACCCAUGACGAUUCACGUCCUUGGUGAAAUAGCGAUAGUGUCGAAUCCUGAUCAAAGAAAAAAAACAAAGUGUCGAUCACUGGGCGGGGACUGGGGGUGGCAACCCUCUAGGGGUUCGCACCGACCAAUCACUGUUGUCGACUUCUACCCUGUCGUCGGGUGUCUUCUUGUUUUCUCAAAGGCGUCUUAGGGGGAAUGGCGCCCAGCGUGAGGAGCGUUGUCGACCAACUCGGAGUUCCAUCCAAAAAAUCAACAUUCUUGUUACCAUAAUCCGGAAAAAUCUCGUUCAAAUAUUACAUGCAAGUGUAUCCUUCAUUUCAAUAAAUUA